AUGAACACUGUCGGUGAAGUGAUAGUCUUUAUUUGCUUGAUUCUCGGCUCUCGAGGACAAUGGCUCGAUGAAAACUGUGGGUCCGGGGGAUCAACUAGUAGCCCCUGGCUGGCAAGCAUAUACAUCUGGGAUCAGCAGAAAUGGGAAAAUUAUUAUCAUAGCAGUGGUACACUUAUAAGUGAUCGUUUCAUCCUCACACAUGCCAUACCUAACACCCAACCAGGAUUUAUAACCGUUCGCUUGGGAGCAACCUAUGAUAGUGAGCCUACAUCGAGAUGGUACUACAUAAAAUCCUUGAUUAAUCAUCCCAACUUUGAAAAUAAUGGAAGCCAAAUCAAGAAUGAUAUAGCUCUAAUUAAGAUAUCUGAAAAAGUUGAGCUCAGUGCCCACAUCAGGCCAAUCUGUAUGUUCUACAGCAGAAGCAAAGAGCAGGAGCUACUUCUAAGGCAGGUUGCGGACUCAAAUUUGGAGCUUACAUUCACGGGUUGGAAUGAAAGAUAUCGAUAUACAAAGCGACUAAAAUCCAUCCGAGUCUUCCGAUUGGAUCCGGAAUACUGUUCAAGCUUACUAAAAAUACCCCUGGAACAGAAUCAAAUUUGUGGUGACAGCGACUCCAAUGAUCUAUGUUUUAGAAACAGUGGAGGCCCCUUGGAAAGAGUUAUAAACAAAUGGGGUAAAAAUGAAUCCAUAUUACUUGGAAUUCAGAGCUAUGGAGCCGGUUCAUGUGGCGACCCCGAGGUGUUUACAGACAUUUUGAGUCACUCAAAAUGGAUUUCAGGAAUCGUUAGAGUUCAUAAGGUUGGUCUGAAUAUUAUUUAAAUGCUAUUGAAUAUU